UCCGGUACAAGUAACAAAAUUCUCUCCAGUAAAUACGCAAAUACUCUCUUGCUCAGAUGACAAGACUGUUAGGGUUUGGGAUAUUCCUACGCAAGAAUGCAUAGCUUGCUUUGAUGAGCAUCAGGCAGGUCAUCAUGUGUCUUUGGUUGAGGAUGUCAUAUCAAGAGACUAUGCACGUGCAGGAUUGUUUAGUGAGAGUAACCGGAAUCUGUUGCUUUCCGGAUCGUACGAUGAGACAGUAAAGUUAUGGGACGUACGCAUUAAAGAGUGCGCCCUAACAAUGAAACACGAGUAUCCGGUCGAAGACGUUUUAAUGUUUCCCGGAGAUGGAGUGAUAAUAUCAGCGGGUGGCCCUUAUUUUAAAGUAUGGGAUCUUUUAAUGGGCGGAAGAUUAAUACAAACUGUCUCUAAUCAUCAAAAGACAAUCACAUCGUUAUGCUUUGAUAGUCAGCGCACUAGACUAUUUACUGGAUCUUUGGACCAACACGUGAAAGUAUAUGAUGUACAGGAUUAUAAAGUUAUUUAUAACUUUAAACAUCCUGCACCAGUGCUGACUGUUGCUUGUUCUAGCGAUGAUACUCACUUAGCCGUGGGAAUGGUACAAGGACUAUUGUCAGUGCACAAAAGAAAAUCAACAUCCGAGCAAUCCAACCUGUUAACGCACCACAACAACAAGAAAGUUAGAGGCGGGACAUACACGUACUAUGUCAGAGGAGCUCAAUAUCGGGGUGAAGAGGAGGAUUACAUAAUCGAAUCACGACGUAACAAGCAUAUUGCCUUGUAUGAUCAGUAUUUGAGAAAGUUCCAAUAUGGAAAUGCAUUGGAUGCUGCAUUGAGACCAGGUACCCGUGUGAUAGUGACCGUUUCACUCUUGUACGAAUUGAUACAUCGUGGAGGCCUGAAGCAAGCACUCAAAGGAAGAGACGAUGUCUCAUUAGAACCUAUAUUAAAGUUCUUGUUAAAAAACAUCAACAAUACGCGAUAUGCUAGCCUCUUGGUUGACGUUGGUGAAACAACUCUGGACAUGUACGCCUCGGUUUUGAGCAAGUCACCGAUAAUCGAGAAAUUAAUAUCCAAAUUACGGGACAAAGUACAGCAUGAAGUGAAAAUUCAGACUGAACUAUCAAAAGUCCUUGGAUCUCUACAGAUGAUAAUGUCAAAAGGAGUAAUUAACAAAAGAGUACCAGAUGAUAUAGACAUGCAAGAUGAAAUUUGA